AUGAAUCUGGUCAUCGUUUUGUUAUAUUAUUUUAUUCUAAUUCCAAGCAUAAUUCUAUUGGCUUUCCUUACAUCAUUAUAUCUAUAUUGGAAAUAUAAUGAUGAUUCCGUUAAUCAUACCUAUGCAAAUGAUGAUGGUCAUCGAACUAUCAAACCAUCGACCACAUCAUUUAAUAGCAAUCCAAGUCCAUCAUCAUCGUCAUCAUCGUCGACAUCAAAAUUCAAUGAUCGUAUUGUAAUGACUAAAGAAAUUGAUAAACUUUUAUGUAAAAUUGUGGAUAAAAUUGUCGAGUAUUAUGUAAUGACAUGGUAUCGUCCAUUAAUUGAUUCAUCACUAUCGUCAUCUGUUCAUGAUACCAAUUGUCCAGAAACUAAGCGGCAAUUAGUCGAACGUCUUCAUACUUUGCUCAGAAAUGAUAUAUGGAUAUUAUUAUCCUGUUUUAUCGAUCGUCUUUACAAUGUUAAUCAUAUUCAAUUCAUUUCCCAAGAUUUGAUUCAACGCGUACGAAAACAUUUCCAAAAUAUCAAUCAUAAUCAUAAUCAAAAAGAGGAUAAUGAUAAUGGCACUUUAAUUUCCGAAUCUCGGCCGAAUUCGAUUGGCCAUCAUCGAAAGAAUCAGCAUUCAAUUUCAUCGAUUGUAACAAACAUUUCACGAUCAUCAUCUUCGUCGGAUGUUGAUGAUGAUAAUGAUAUAAGUGAUAUAUCAUGUUCAGCUUCACAAACAACAACAGAUUUGAUAUCGAAUCUGAACGAUAAUGAUAAAACAAUUUUAGUGAAAUCAAAAUUAUCAUCAUUCAUUUCCAAUUCUAAGACCCAAAAAUUCCUACUAAAUCUGAAUCCAUUCCAGAAAACAUCAUCAAUGAAUCCUGAUGUUUUCCAGUCAUCAUCUCAAGUAAACGACAACGACAAUGCUGAACAGCAAACAAAGGCGACUAUUGUCGAGCCGAUUCAUUCUGCCCCAAUUUUUCCAACCAAAGUAACCAUAAUAUAUCCAUUAGCAUCGCAUCUGGCCGAUUCAAAUUCCGAAAAAUUUUUGAUUGAAAAUCUAGCCAAUUUUAUACUAACAACAUUAUUAAAUGAUAUAAAUCGUGGUUAUCAGAAUCAGCUUUCAUCACCAUCAUCAUCCGAGUCGAAAUUAUCUUUGAUACAAAAUUCACAAACAAUUCGUUCAUUUCUGAAUGAAAUUUUUGCAAAAAUAUUAUACGAUACAAUUGAUUUAAUUACACAACCAAAAAUAAUUAAUUAUCAAAUCGUUAAAAUAUUGAAACAAUAUUUUAUACUAAAAGAUCUACUUUUCUUUGAUAAUAAUUCUAUUCAAAAAUCAUCCAAUGCUAAUAAUUUGAAACAAUCAACAAAUGAAACUGAUGAUUCUAUCUCCUGUUCUGAUUCAUAUGAUGACGAUGAUGAUGACGAUGGUGACGGUGGUGGUGAGUAUUUUGGUCAUAAGAAAAAUGUUUUCAUAUUGAACGAAGCCAAACAAUGUAUAUUGGCCAAUGAUUUUGAACGAUUAUAUGAAUUAAUUGAUCAAUGUAAUAAUAUUAAACUAUUGAAACAUAUACGACUUAAAUUGAUUGCCGAAAUAUUGGAUGCAGCCGUUGUAUCACAUCUUGAUCGUCGUAAUGUUGCUGGUUUAGAUGAUCAAGGAUUUCCGCAACGACGACAACAUUCAACAGUUAACACUCGUCAAUUGUCACCGGAUUGUGUUGAAAGUUUUACCUUUAAUGGUCAGAUCAAUUUAAAAUUCAAAAAAUUUAAACAGGAAAAAAAUAUCAAACGUUUAAUCACACAAUUACGUUUUGCUAAAACUUUGUGUGAACAAAAAAUUCAGAUACGUAAACGAACAUUAGCCGAAUUAUUACCAAUGACUAUCGAUGAUAAUAAUCAUAAUAAUUCAAGUUCAUCAUUUGUUGAUGUCGAAAUCAUGAAUCAAGAUGAAGAAUCAACAUCUCCAACACCAGUCAAAGUGACAAAAUCAAAAUUGAUUAGGCGCUAUAGCUAUGAUGAUUUAUCAUUUCAAUCUGAUUUGGUACGAUCCAUUUCAUUGGAUGAUUCAAUGAUUGUACCGCACAAAUCUUAUGACGAUGAUAAUCGAUCAAUCGGUAAUCAUCAUCAUCAUCACAGUGAUAAUCAAUUUCAACGACCCAAACAGAAAAAAAUUUUCAAAUUUCAUCAGAUUAUGGCCAACAAAAUUUCACGUGAUUAUUUUAAAACAUUCCUACAACGAUCAUUGUUACAAACAGAUCCCGCCACUACUAAACGAUCAUCAUUGAUGAAAUUUCGAAAAGACGUUCUUCUUGUCGAUUGUACUGUUUAUAUGCUUGAAUUUUGGGAAAAUUUACAGACUGUAUUUCAAAAUUUUCAACACUUAAACAAUAGCAAUGAUGACGAUGAUGAUGACCGACAAACAACCAUUUUAUAUCGAUCGUUUGAAGAUUCGUUUAAGAAAAUUUUUGCAAUGAUUACCGAUCAACGUUUUUUCUAUACUUUUUCCAGACAAUUUCUAUCAAUAUCAACGGAUUUAAUGUUAUCAUUGGAAAGAUUUUUACUUGGCAACAUCGAAAUAGAAUCUUUGAAUAUUUCGAUCGAACAUUUUGAUCUAUACAAUAAUGAUGACAGGGAGAUGUUUCUACGAAACUAUAAUGAUUUGAGAGGACAAGACGAUAUGAGUUCAGCAUUCUAUGUUCUUAAACGAAUCGAUUGGUGUCAAUAUCUGGAUGUAUUUGUACGUCUCGAAAGAAUAUUAUUCGAUUGUUUUCAUCAGGAAUUCUAUCCACAAUUUCUUAUUUCUCAAGAAUAUGAUCAAAUGUUAACACAAUAUUUUCAACAACGUAAAUCAUCGUCAUCGAUUAUUGAUCUUGAUGAAAAACUUUCCAGUGAACAAUGGUGUAGCAAAAAUCUGUCUAAAUCCACCAACAAAAACAAACUUGAUCGUCUAAAACAAGCUUUGCGUAUGCGACCAAUUGGUAAAAUUCUAUUGACAACACCGGUGGUGAAUAACAAAACUGAAAAAAUUGAAAAAAAGCUGAUCGAUCUGCCUAAGAAUCGUCGUAUGUUAUUCAAUUCGAUUGAAUUUCCAUUUAGUUAUCUUUCUACAGUGAAAUUAUUGCUUAUCAUACGAUUGCGUUUAAAAUGUUGGAUACGUAACAUCAUUAUGGCUGAUUGUUCAAUUCAAUCAUCGGCUAAUCAAAUCAAUCAUGAUUUGCCGGUUAUCAUUUCAGAUGAUAUUGAUCAAUUAUCUCGAUCAAUUAAUAGGUUACAUCGAAUUCUAACACGUGCAUUCUGUUGGUUGAAUGCAGAUUUUAGCUGUGUCAUCACUGAUUGUAGAUUUCGUGAUGAUUUUGCUCAAAUAUUACAAUCAUCUACCGCUAAUACAGCCGAAUCAAAAAUAAUGGCAUUCGUUGAAAAUCUUUUUGUCACACAAAAUCAACAACAACAACAACGAAAGUCUUCUGCAACAAAUCAAUUAAAUCAUGGAGGUUCAUCGAAUCCGAAUUCAAAUUUUCUAUUCCAGAUGAAUGUUACGGCAUUAUUAUCACGUUUUCAAUAUCAUCAUCAUGAUGAUAAUCAAUCAAGAAAAUUAUUACCGACUAUUGUUCGCAAUGAUCUUAUGUCGAAUUGGUCAUAUCAAUGGUCGAUCGAAUUGAAAUUGGAACAAUUGCAACGAUUCUAUGCACAAUCAAUUCGGCCAUUUCUUCGAUUCAUUCUAUUUCUUGGCCGUUAUAACCUUCGCAAUUAUCUUUCCACUGUUACCGAUCAAUUACAACAUCGACAACAAGAUGAUGGAAAAAUUCUCAAAUUAUUAUCAUCAUCUACUGCUGUGAUUGGUGAUAAAAAUCGAAUCGGUACCAAAUUAUCAAAUUUAGAAUUAAAAGUUCUUGAAACUUUUUUGCAACGUUCCAAUCGAAUUCUAACCGAAAUUCGACAAUUGAAUCGUUCGAUGGUUAUCGAAAUAAAACAACAACAUUUGUUUGAGCGUAAAAAACUUGAAACGAAACAGUUGAAUAGUUUAAAACGAGAAAAAAAUAAAAAUACAACUACCAAUUCAAUUUCAUUUAAAAAAUUACUAAUACGUGAUGAAACAACAUCAUCGGAUAACAAUGAUUUAGACAUUGGUCAAGAUGCGAUUGAAGUGUUUGGCGAUAAUGGUAAAGUAAUGAUUAACGAAAGUGUUAAACUAUCAACAAAAAUCGAUAAUAUGAUUGAACGAACGGAAAAAUUAUUGAAUAUUCUGUUUCAACAAAUAACUGCACAAGAGUUGGUGGUCAAAUCAAUUGGCUUUUUGCAUCUUAUCGGUUAUGAUGAAGAUUCUAAAUCUGCCGCUUGUCAACCAUUGUCCAAUGAUAAUGAUUCGAAUCAUCAUUGUCUUCGAUGUUUUCUUCAUGAUUAUCUUUUCGAUUUGAAUGAAGAUUCGGGCCUUAAUCAAUUUGUUCAGAUUUAUACAUUUCAAAUGUUAUUCAAUAAUAGUGAUUCAGAUCAACCGUUAUCGGAUGAAAUCUGGGAUCAAUUGAUCGGACAUCUUGUUACACAUUUUGAGCAAUCAUCAACCGAAACGAUUGAAAAAGAAAUGUUAGAAUCCUCACAUUCGAAUAAUAAUGAUUUAGAUAUGAUAAUAAACAAACAAAGUCUAACUAGUCGUUUGUUUUUCACACAAAUGCGUUGCCUACUAAUGGACAAAACAUCCAAAGAAUGUUUUGAUUAUUGUCUGAAUCAAUUGAAAAUGUUUGACAAAAAUGAAAGAACCGAACAAUCAUUUCGAUGUCCAAAUUGUCAAUCGACUAGAAAGAUUUCAUUAUCAUCGAUCAAUAAUCAACAACAACAACAGCCACCAACAUCAUCUAAUAAUAGGAAAUUUCGUCUCUUUCAUUCACAACUAUUAGAACAAGGACAAGAUGAUCAAUGUUCAGCGACAGUAUCAUCAUCACAAAAUCUAUUCGAUACUGUUUUCAAUACCGGCAAUAUAAAUAUUUUUACAAAUCUUUUUCGACAAUCAUCAUCUCGAUCUUCAGUGAUGACCAAUACCGAUGAUGUUGAUAUUCUUCUGAAUGAAGAAAUGAUCAGUUCAAAUGAUGAACCACCAUUGUUAUUGAUGUCAUUGGAUGAAACUCAAUUGUUGGAACCAUUUUUUCAACUAUUGAUCGAAAUAUUCGAACUAAAAGGCAAUACUGUAACCCGUACAUUACGACGUCUGUUAAUGUUUGUAACUCGGUUAUUUUUCGGCUCAUCGAAAAUGUCACGUCCAUAUAAACAAUUUCUAGAAUCACUGUUCACCGAGAAAAAUGUUUUCCAUUUAUUAUCACAAAUAGAUUUACAUUUAGACAAAAUGUUGAAAAAUUCUCGAGAAAAUUCAGUUCGAAAUCAGCCAUCAAAAAAUCUAAAACAAAAACAACAACAAAAAGUUAAUAACAACGAAGCUAGUCAAAUUGAUGGCUAUCUAGAAGAAUUGAAUCAUCUACUUUGUUCACUGGAAAAUCAACCACCAACGCCAACAACACCGGCAACACCAACAAUGUUGAUGUUUGAUAAUGAACAGGAAAUUGAUCAUUCGAUAAUCAAUCAAUCCGAACAACAACGUCGACCAUCAUCAUCGACACCGAAUGAAUUAUUUGGUUUUCCAUCACCAUCACCGUCGUCUUCAUCGUCAUCAGAUUCAUUGGAAGCGUUGGUAAAUCCAUCAUCAUCAUCAGCACCUGCAAAUGCUGAGAAAGGAAUGGAAGAAAAAGUAAAACAACAAGAUUCAUCAUCAUCAUCAUUGGUUGAAGAUCCGGAUGAAUCGAUUAAAGAACGUAAACUACAGAUUCUUGCUAAGCAGUUACUGUUUGCUGCCGUACCGACAAUCAUUAAUCAUCUUUUGGGACAACAAAAUAUUGAUCGCGGCCUUAAUAAAUGUUUUGAUAUAUUACAAUAUCAAAAACUUAAUAAACAUCUUAUUUAUGAAUUUAUCGAAGCAUUCAUGUUGGAAUAUUUCCCGGAAUUUCGUAAACUUUCGAAGUAAUUUCAAUGAACAACUUUAAAUCAUGCAUGAUCGAUUGAUUCGCUUGGCAUAUUAUUCCUGUGAUAAUUUUUAUUUUAUUUUUCAUAGA